AGAUUUUUAUUUUUUUUAUUUUUUUUUGCUCCGCGAGGAAUGCUGCGGCUGCUGCUGUGGCUGGCCCCCGGAUCGCUGCCGCCCGGAGGAAGGAGAGAGAACCCGAGAGGAGCCUCGGCUAAAAUCACCAGAGGGGGAAGAGAAGAAGAAGCAGCGGCCGCCUAGCUCUCACCGUCUCCCUCUCCCUCUCGUGCCGCACAUCCACACAUGCACUGUUCGACACACUGCUGUGCCUUGUUGGGAAAUACAGCGCAUCGCCCCCUCGGCUUCCUUUGGCGGCUGCUGAGUGAGUGGCGUCAUCACCGGAGGAAUUUGCAAGACGCCCCCCUCCCCUCCCCGGCUGCCGGAAUCGGGAGGGUGUCCAAAAGAAGAAGAGAAACCCCAAAAGUCCACAUCAGGGCCCCCCAAUCGGCCUUGCAUCUGCAGUCCCCACUGUGUCAAGUCAAACCUGAAGAUUUAGGGUGCCGGGGACUUUCGGAAGGUUUCUUUUUUUUUAAAAAAAACUUUUUUUCCCACCUGAAGAAAAUAUCUAUCUAUAUACCUGCAUUCCCCCUCCACCCCCCACUUCCAGUUAUUGCGUUCACACGACCGGCCAACCAUGAUGUUUCGAGACCAGGUCGGCGUGCUGGCCAGUUGGUUCAAAGGCUGGAACGAAUGCGAACAGACCGUCGCUCUCCUCUCCCUCCUGAAGCGGGUGAGCCGCAGCCAGGCCCGAUUCCUUCAGCUGUGCUUGGAGCAUUCGUUGGCCGACUGCACCGAACUGCACAUUCUCGAAAACGAAGCCAAUAACCCUGGAAUUAUUAACCAGUGGCAGCAAGAAUCAAAGGACAAAGUGAUUUCUCUCCUGCUCACUCACCUGCCUCUGCUGAAACCGGGCAACAUCGAAGCGAAAGUGGAGUACAUGAAGCUGCUACCGAAAAUCCUGGCCCACUCGAUCGAGCACAGCCAGCACAUCGAGGAGAGCCGGCAGCUCCUCUCCUACGCCUUGAUACACCCCGCCACGUCCCUGGAGGACCGCAGCGCCCUGGCCAUGUGGCUCAACCACUUGGAGGACCGCACGUCGGGGACUUUCGGCGGCCCGAACCGGGGCCGGUCCGACUCGGUGGAUUACGGGCAGUCGCACUACUAUCACCAAAGACAGAACUCGGAUGAUAAGCUGAACGGGUGGCAGAGCUCGCGGGACUCCGGCAUAUGCGUGAACGCCUCCAGCUGGCAGGACAAGGGCCUGGGCUGCGAGAACGGCCACCUGCCCCUCUAUUCCUCCUCCUCCGUCCCCGCCACCAUCAACACGAUCGGAACCAGCACAGGGACGAUUCUCCCGAGCCAGACCCACCACAGCCCUCUGAAGCGGUCUGUGUCCCUUACCCCGCCCAUGACCGUGCCCAGCCAGCCUUUGGGGCACGGGUGGAUGUCUCACGAGGACUUGCGUGCCCGAGGAUCCCAGGGCCUCCCUUCCGAUCACGCGCCCCUGUCUCCUCAAAGCAGUGUAGCCUCUUCGGGAAGUGGUGGGAGUGAACACUUAGAAGAUCAGACUUCUGCUCGUAACACAUUCCAGGAAGAAGGGAGUGGCAUGAAAGAUGUUCCCGCCUGGCUGAAGAGUCUUCGCCUCCACAAGUACGCCGCCCUUUUCUCCCAGAUGACGUAUGACGAAAUGAUGACCCUGACCGAGUGUCAGCUCGAGGCACAAAACGUUACCAAAGGCGCAAGGCACAAAAUUGUGAUAAGUAUCCAGAAGCUGAAAGAGAGGCAAAACCUUCUCAAGUCCUUGGAGAGGGACAUCCUGGAAGGAGGCAACCUGCGCGUCCCCCUCCAGGAGCUUCACCAGAUGAUCCUCACCCCGAUCAAAGCGUACUCUUCGUGCAACUCGACGGUGGACGAGCACGGCCGGGACCCCGAGCCCCGUCACCCGGGCUCCCUGAUCAGCUCAGAGGGCCAAGGGUCGGACUGCAAGGACUCCGCCUCGGGGGGGAUGCAACAUCACCACUUGCCGGGCUGCGAGGGAGAAUCCGGAGGGGCCCCUCUACCGGAAGGUGACAUCCCGGGACAGUUUACAAAGGUGAUGGGGAAAGUGUGUACCCAGCUCCUUGUCUCCAGACCGGAUGAGGAGAACAUAAGCUCCUAUUUACAGCUCAUAGACAAAUGCCUAAUUCAUGAGGCCUUUACAGAGACGCAGAAGAAACGGCUGUUGUCAUGGAAACAGCAGGUGCAAAAACUCUUCCGGUCUUUCCCUCGGAAAUCCAUCCUAGACUUGUCGGGAUAUCGACAGCAAAGAGCCCGAGGAUUUGGCCAGUCAAGCUCCUUACCAACAGCUGGAUCUGUCGGUGCAGGAAUGGGCAGGCGGAACCCCCGCCAGUUCCAAAUCCCCUCCCGGAAUCUUCCCACUACAAGGCUGGGCCUGAUAGGCCCCAGUGGGCUUCUGGGAGCCGCCCAGCGCAACGCAGCCACCAACCCCACCAUCCUGAAACAAGGAAGGCAGAACCUUUGGUUUGCAAAUCCUGGAGGAAGCAACAGCAUGCCCAGCAGAACCCACAGUUCGGUCCAGAGAACCCGCUCGCUGCCGGUCCACACUUCUCCGCAAACGAUGCUCAUGUUUCAGCAACCAGAGUUCCAGAUACCGGUGGCAGAACCCGACAUUAAUAACAGGCUGGAGUCCUUGUGCCUCAGUAUGACCGAACACGCCCUGGGUGAUGGCGUUGACAGAACCUCGACCAUCUAGAUGACGGGGAGGGGUCUGCAGCGAGACCGCCGGCCGUGACGGAGCGACCGCGGCUGGACCAGUGGCAAACUGGGCAAUGAAUCCCACCCCCCUCCUUGCGCUGAGGGUCCCCGGAGAUGUUUUGUGACUUUUCCAUUUCCUUCCCUCCCCACCCCCCGUCCUUCCCCUCUGUCUCCCCGCCUCGUUAACCCAUCUCCGUUUCCACGUCCGUAAAGGUUUGCUUAUCUUACAGUUAAUGUCAGAAACGGAUUCCAAGAAUUACUGGGUUUCUUGCACACGCGGAGGAGAGGAUAUAUUUGGGGCGAUGGCAGAAACGGGAGAGUUCCCCUACAUCCCGGCAGUAUCUUACGGCAUCUAAGGGCAGGUAUCUUAGGGUCUAGUGGAUAGGCAAGAAGAAAUCUCCAGUGGGGAACCAGCCAACGAAACCCCGGUUUAUGAAGAAACGGACUUUUUCGAGUACAUCACGGAAGCGCGAUCCAAAAGGAAGGGAGCUCCGCACUUGACUGUAAAUACGUCCUGCGUUUCGUCGACGUUCAAGAAACCAGGAUUUGGAGCUGCUGUGAUUUAAGGGUGCGUGUGCGUGUGUCAAGAAACAGGAAACGAA